AUGCAUAAUUCAUCAGAAGACAAUAUUGUUGUAUUGAAUAGAAAUGAUAAAAUUCAUCUUUUUUUCGAACAACAUUGGAAUGCAUUGAGGAAAUCAAUACGCAAAUUAUGUACAUUUCAACCUGGCGAAUGGCGAGAUGCUUUUCGAAGAAAUCCAACAUAUCCUAUAUUUACAAAAGGCGAUAUUGAUGGUCUAGUCGCUUUAUUUAUUGACAAUAUGGCGACAUUAUUGACAAUUAUUCUUAGUCUUUUGUCUGUUCUUGAUAGUGAUAUUGUUUAUGGAAAAAUUUUACCAGGAGUAUCAUUGGCUAUGGUAUGGGGUAAUUUCUAUUAUGUUUAUAUGGCUCGAAAAUUAGCCUAUAAAGAAAAACGAGAUGACAUAUGUGCAAUGCCAUAUGGAAUUAAUACACCAGGAGCAUAUGCAUUUGUAUUUGGUAUUAUAUUUCCUAUUUAUUAUGAUUGUAUACAAGAAAAUAAUAAUUCUGAUAAGCGUUCAUGUCAAGAACGUGCUUGGUAUGUAGCAUUAGCAAGUAAUUUUAUAACUGGCAUUAUUAUUCUUUCGUUAUGUCUCUUCGGUGAAUUUAUUCGACGUAAUACACCUGGUGUUGCACUACUUUCAUCUCUUUCAGCACUUGGAUUUACUUAUUUAGCAUUAAAUCAAUACUUACCUAUAGCUGCUACACCCAUUGUAUCUUUUGUUCCAUUUGCCAUUGUUAUGAUUGGUUAUUUUAGUGGAAUUAAAGUUGGUCCAUUUCCUGUAGCUGCCGUAGCUCUAGUCAUUGGAACUGGUCUUGGUUGGGCAACAUCACUUAAUAAAGGUGAAGAUGUACGUAAUGCAACACUUGUAAUCAAAGCUUAUGCACCAGCAUUUACAGCUAAAGCUGUAUUUACACAUAUGAAUCAAAUUGGUCCAUUUUUAUCGAUAACAAUUCCUACAGCUAUUUCAGUUGCUGUUGGUACUAUACAAUGUGUUGAAUCAGCAAAAAGAGGUGGAGAUUUAUAUCCAACUCGUGAAUCAAUGUUUGCUGAUGGAAUGGGUACUAUAAUUGCAAGUUUUUUUGGAUCUUUUCUUGGUAUGACAACAUAUAUUGGUCAUCCAGCAUUUAAAAAAAUGGGUGCAAGACAAUCUUAUUCUAUAAUCAACUGUCUUAUUUACGUUCCAUUAUGUUUUUUUGGUAUUAUUGCUCUUUUUCUUAGAAUUAUUGCUAUUGUUGCUGUGAAUCCAGUUAUUAUCUUUAUUGGUCUUUUUAUUUGUACCGAAACUCUUGCUAUUACGCCACCACGUCUUUAUCCAGCUUUUCUUCUUGGUAUCAUGCCUGCCAUAGCUGAUUGGUCACGAGCGACUAUAAUUAAUGGUGUUUCAUCUGCUUAUUCUAGUUUUACAAUACCUAAUAUUAGCUUUACAGAAAAUAUAACAUCCCACAUAACGGAGUUUUCUUAUAGUGGUCUUAACAAUUUUGCUGGUGGUAGUCUUCUACAAUGUAUUUUUCUUACUGUUAUUAUGAUAUAUAUGAUUGAUCGAAAAUUUAUUCGAGCUGCUAUUUGGUCAUUACUUGCUGGUCUUCUGUCUUUUUUUGGUUUAAUACAUGCAUCAAAUGUAGGAAUUCUCUAUCGAGCAACUGAUGAUGGAUGGAGAUUCACUGUUGCUUAUGCUAUGUUAGCAUUUGUCUUUAUUCUAUUUGAAAUAGCACAACGACGAGGAUGGGUACAAGAACCUGAAACUGAACCCGAUGAUUUAUCAUCAGAAGAAUGGACAGAAUGGAAUAAAAAGAGAAUUGCAGCUCAAACUUGUAUAAAGAUCACAAGGUUCUAA